UCUGCUCCCUCUCUCUCUCUCACUCACACACGCGUCUUGUAAGAAGGCAGUAUGAAAUCUGCCACAGUAUGGGCUGAAGACCAUACUGAGGAUACCCACCGCUGAACGACAAAGGCAAAACGAACAGAAAGAGUUCAAGAAACAACAACAAAGAAGUCACGGGCACAUUUAAAGCGGGGAAAAAAAGGAAAGACAGGCUGGAAAAUUGGAGGGAGGGAGCCGUGGAGACGGAGCGAGAGAGAGGAACAACCCGUCUGUCUGUGGCGGGACAGCAGACGGCGAACGCUCACGGACCAGACGCUCACACACACACCAUGGUGGUCCAGGCGGCUGUGACGCCCAGUAGGACCCGCAGGCUCCUGCUCAAGCUGCCGGUGGGGACGCUGAGGCGAAAUAGCGAGGAGAGGAUGACGGAAGGGCGGAGAUGUCAGGUCCAUCUCCUGGAUGACAGGAAAUUGGAGCUCCUGGUACAGCCCAAACUAAUGGCGAAGGAUCUUCUAGACCUGGUGGCGUCCCAUUUCAACCUGAAGGAGAAGGAAUAUUUUGGAAUCUCUUACGUGGAUGAGACGGGUCAUUUCAGCUGGUUGCAGUUAGAUCGUCGUGUGCUGGAACAUGAGUUUCCCAAGAAAUCUGGACCCAUUGUGCUGUACUUCUGUGUAAGGUUCUACAUUGAAAGCAUCUCGUACCUUAAGGACAAUGCCACAAUAGAGCUGUUCUUCCUCAAUGCAAAGUCCUGCAUCUAUAAGGAGCUCAUAGAGGUGGACAGUGAAGUGGUCUUUGAACUGGCCUCCUACAUCUUACAGGAAGGUAAAGGAGACUUCACGAGUAAUGAUGUUACCAGGGCUGAUCUGAAGAAACUGCCUGCACUGCCUACACAAGCACUGAAGGAGCACCCUUCGCUCGCAUAUUGUGAGGACCGGGUCAUUGAGCACUAUAAGAAGCUAAGCGGACAGUCCAGAGGCCAGGCUAUCGUCAAUUAUAUGAGUGUAGUGGAGUCAUUGCCCACAUAUGGAGUGCAUUAUUACGCUGUUAAGGAUAAGCAAGGCAUCCCAUGGUGGCUUGGUUUGAGUUAUAAAGGCAUUUUUCAAUAUGACUACCAGGACAAAGUCAAACCAAGAAAGGUGUUCCAAUGGAGACAAUUGGAGAAUCUCUACUUCAGGGAGAAGAAGUUCUCAGUGGAAGUUCAUGACCCAAGAAGCAGGGCGUCGGUAACGCGGAGGACAUUUGGUCACAGUGGCAUCGCCGUGCACACCUGGUACGCCUGUCCCACCCUCAUUAAAUCCAUCUGGGCCAUGGCCAUCAGCCAACACCAGUUCUACCUGGACCGCAAACAGAGCAAAAGUAAGAUCCAUGCAGCGCGCAGUCUGAACGAGAUAGCCAUAGACCUGACAGAAACAGGAACCCUCAAGACCUCCAAACUGGCCAACAUGGGCAGCAAAGGCAAAAUCAUCAGCGGGAGCAGCGGAAGCCUGCUGUCCUCAGGCUCUCAAGAGUCGGACAGCUCCCAGACCGCUAAGAAGGACAUGUUGGCGGCUCUGAGGGCCAGACAGGAAGCACUGGAGGAGACGCUCAGACAGAGAAUAGAGGAACUCAAGAGCAUCUGCAUCAGAGAAGCGGAGCUGACAGGAAAACUUCCAAAAGAGUACCCUCUGGACCCCGGCGAGGAGCCGCCCACCGUCAGACGCAAAAUCGGCACGGCCUUCAAAUUGGAUGAGCAGAAGAUCCUGCCCAAAGGGGAGGAAGAGGAAUUGGAACGUUUGGAAAGGGAAUUUGCUAUCCAGUCUCAGAUAACAGAGGCGGCGCGGCGGUUAGCAUCGGAUCCUCAUAUCAGCAGCAAGAAGCUGAAGAAACAGAGGAAGACGUCGUAUCUGAAUGCUCUGAAGAAGCUGCAAGACAUCGAGAACGGCAUUAACGAGCACCGCGUUCGCUCCGGGAAGAAACCCACGCAACGUGCCUCUCUCAUCAUAGAGGAAGCAAAUAUCGGCUCAGAGGACAGCUCGUUGUCUGAUGCACUGGUGCUGGAUGAUGAUGACUCCCAGGUGACAGGAACCCCCACGUUCUCUCCAGCUGCCUCCCCACACAAAGGUCUCCCUCCCAGACCUCCGUCCCAUAGCCGGCCACCUCCCCCCCAGUCCCUGGACGGACUGAGACACCUGCACUACCAGCGCAGUGACUACGACAAGUCCCCGAUCAAACCCCGCAUGUGGAGCGAAAGCUCAUUAGACGAACCCUACGAACGGGUGAAGAAACGAUCCUCGCACUCCAGUAGUCACAGGCGGUUCCCCAGCACAGGCAGCUGUGAGGCGGGAGGGAGCAACUCUCUCCAGAACAGCCCGGUGCGCUCCCUCCCUCACUGGAACAGUCAGUCCAGCAUGCCCUCCACCCCUGACCUGAGGACACGGAGCUACGUCCACUCAGCCAGUUUAACUCAGCCCUUCCGUGGCCGGAGUUCCAGUUUGGAGUCUCAGGGGAAGCUGCUGUCCUUAGAGGCACACACAGAGGCAGGACUUAGCCCUGACCUCUUUCUGUCAGGACCCCAGAGGACAGGAAGCAAUGGCUCUGUUGUCCCCGACGACUGCUCAUCUUGCACCAGCCACUCCAGCUCAGAACAUUAUUACCCCUCGUCCACCUCUAACCCCAACUACUGUACGCUGGCCGAGGACUCGCCAUCCAAAGCCCGUCAGCGGCAGCGGCAGCGCCACAAGUCCGCCGGACACCUGGGUGCGUCCAGUUCCGGCAGCAUGCCCAAUCUAGCGGCCCGUAACGGGAGCACCCACGGAGGAGUGUGCGGGAGCCACCAGGGCGUGUACCUCCACAGCCAGAGCCAGCCAUCCUCGCAGUACCGUAUCAAAGAGUACCCGCUGUACACAGAGGGCAGCAGCCCCAAUGCCGUGGUGGUCCGCAGCCUGGAAAAUGACCAGGAGGGGCACUACAGCGUCAAGGCACAGUUCAAAACCUCCAACUCGUACACAGCCGGGGGGCUUUAUAAGGAGGGGUGGGGCUCCGGGGAGGACGGGGAAGCGGGUGGUGGCAGCGGGAGGUUGACGCCCUCCCGCUCGCAGAUUGUGAGGACUCCGUCUCUGGGCAGGGAAGGAGGAGGAGGAGGAGGGGGGCGGGCAGCGGUGUCAGAGGAGCUGAGGUGCUGGUACCAGCGCUCGUCUGGAUCGAUAAAGGAGCACAGCCGCGUCACACACACCAGCUCCAAUGCUUCAGACGGCCGUGGAGGACGAAUAGGGUCGCUAGUGAAGGGGUCACCAGCUGCAUCUCCACACAGUCAGAGGAGUGGAACUCCCUGUAGUGAGCCUGCAGCUACACCCCCCUGCAGCCCACAACACAUACUCAAUUGGCAGAGCGGAUCGCCGUUCGCCGAUAGUUGUUUCCUGAGCAGUCCCCUGUGCUCUGAGAUAGCGGACGUACAGUGGUACGGGCAUGAGAAGGCAAAGCCGGGAACGCUCGUCUAAACCAUCAUCCCUCAUCCCUCUCUCUUUAAAAGAGUGUUCAGAAGGCAGGCCUGACCACAGUCUGGACCUCAACUCAUCCGAACACACUUAUGGCUGGAGCCAGUACCACCUCAACCUCUCUUUCAUCUCUGUCUCUCUGUAUACCCGGCGGUAAAGUGUUUAUGAACUAUGGGAAUACAAGACUCUGAAUGAACUGAGCUUGACCUUGUCUGACCCUCCCACUCAGACUUUUGAACUCUGACCCAGUUAGCUGGCAGCCGGUUCCUCCAUAUGCACAAACCCUCUGUUUAUUCCAUCGCUGGAGUGAUGUGCAUAAGAGAAACGUCUUAUGUGCGUUGUACUAUAAGUGAACCCCACUCAUGCGCGAAUAGACAUUCGUCCCCUGCUGUCGUGUGUGUCCCUCUGCACUAAUGUCAGAGAGCCGGCGUCGUUCUCUCUCAUGCACAUGACAUGCACAAAAACAUUCCGAUGGAUUGCUUUGUUGUCAACCAUCUUUGUAGAUCUUUCUGUUCUCAGUUCUGUUAAAAAAACAAAACCAUUUAUGACCACAAACCUUUCAUUAGCCAUCUCAUUUGGACCGCAGCGCACCGUAAGCCCCUCCCUCUGUCUGUGGACUUUGAUAUUUUGUGAAUAACAAUAGAGCAUUUCAAAUGGAAGAAGCCUAUCUUCGGUCAUCCUGGAUUGGAAAACGAGCCCCGAUAUCACAUCGCUCAAGCAUUACAAAGAACUACUUAAUUUCAAGGAAAUUCGAAAACAAUUGUGGUCUUUGUACGUAAUGUUGGUUUGUCAUUCUCAAUGUUUGCAGAACAUUAGCUAACUUUUAGAAGCCAUGGCUGUACAACAAAUCUGAAGCAUUAGGUUAGAGGCAUUAGCAUGACCCUCGGGAUUGAACGACCAAGUACUGCAACUCAGGCCGCGACCGGUGCACUUUGCUAGUAAGGCAACUUCGCCACCAUGGUGCUCAGAGCCUGAACUGUACAGCCCACACUGCAUGCAGAACUGUCACUAACCCCGCGUAUAGUGUUGUGACAUCAGUGAAGUAACGAGACACACGAAAAUACCUUCUCCGAACACUCCUGGCCUUAUCGGUUUUCUGUUUUUAUGUAUCUGUUUUUAAUAUUCAGGAUUUUACCUAACAGUAACACCACUUUGACAUUCUGUUGACAUUUUUAAAUCUGUCAGAUGAGCACAACACGACGUGGCACACAGACUCGAUAUUUCAACGGAAAUGACAUUACCUCCGCCCUGAGCUGUCGAAGGCUUUCGGGAGAACAGCAUUCCAGAAUGUGACACGAUUAAAGCAGCUGCUUAGUUUUACAAGCGACCGGUAAGAAACCAUAAGCUUAAACAAUACAGGGUGUUUCAUGCUUUCAUCACGCAGUCAACAAGAUCCGAAACCACGUGUGCCCCUCGCCUCGAUCGUCCGAUCGAGGAAAAACAUCAAGCCAUAACGCUAAAGACAUUAUUACGCGCUCUGCAAGAUACGAAAAAUAUCGUACGUGCAAAGUACCUUAAGAAACAGGUAGCUAAAAGCACACCCUUUGCCGUUACUACAGAAAUUCAAUAGUUUGUGCGUUGACAUAAGCAAAUGUGUAUUCAAAAGGGUCCAAAUCACCAGGCGCUGAAAUCUAAAAGUCAUCCGAUUCAUGCCCAUUCAAAGAUGUUUUUUUUAUCUGCCCCUAACAUUGAUUGUUCAUUGUUUCUGUGCAUGCUCAGCACACUGUGUAAUGCAUCUUGAUGUUAAAACUUAAACCCGGUGUGAAAACAGCCCUAAUCGAAAGUAAAACACCUCAUCCACGUCUACGUUUAGAGGCCGUUCAGACCUCAUACCCUCUUAGGCCAGUGUGAGCUGACUCCUAUCGUCUACCUGUACGCGAUAACAAAAAACAUAAGUCUUUUUAUAUUAAAAAAAAAAAAGAAAACUAACACAUUUCUAGGCAGGACUGUGGAAACUGGGUUCUUUUAAAAGAAAAAGUAAAACCAAUCUUUUGAUUUUUAUAAAUCGGUAUUCGUUUUAUUUCCAUGUCUUUAAGCUGGGAAAUCGCAACAACACGUUCAGGUGCUACAGGAAGACCAGUUGCUGCUUUGGUUUCCGGCUGUAGACUUUUCCUAACUGUUGUCCAUAGUUUUAAUACCAGUUGUGCAAAAUGAAGGACUUUAGUUACUAAACUGUCUUACCACUUCAUCUUGACAAUAGAGCAUGUUUUAUGAGUUCAUUUUCAGAUAUAACCGGACACAAUAAAAAUGGUGUUGUAGAAAAAAAUAAAAGUGGAAUUGUUGGGCAGGUUAAAUAUAACCAAAUUCCACAGUUAAUUUAUUCUUUUUUCUAUUAAGAAUUUGUAUAGUAACAUUUUUCAAAAACCGUGUUGUUGGCAACUGAUACUGAAUUUUCCAGAUGAGAAAUGUUGGUGGUUCUUGAGAUUCUGAAAUAAAUUAUUGCUGAAUGUUCGCUAAA